CUCAAACCCGCGUCUUUGAUCUCUCCAUAAACCGCAACUCAUUCCAAUUCAAUAAAUCCUAAACUCGUCCUACCUGCAGUUAUGGCGUCCGAAAGACUCAACUCCAUCCUCAACCACUUCAAGAUGCCCUCUGGUUUGGCUGCUGUUACUUCAAGAAACCCAGACGAUAUCGUGGUAACCUUUGCCGCGAGGACGCCUUUAACAAAGGCGUUCAAGGGCGGGUUGAAGGACACCCCAGUAGAUUACCUCCUAAUGCAACUCUUCCAACACGUCCGCGAGAAAUCAAGGAUCGACCCCAAGUUAGUGGAAGAUAUUUCCGUCGGGAAUGUCAACGAACCGCACAUAGCAUACAAAGCCCGCGCAGCGGUACUCGCAGCCGGAUUCCCGAAUUCCACCGCCGUGUCCUCGGUGAACCGCUUCUGUUCUAGCGGUAUGAUGGCUAUCCAAGGAAUAGCGAACCAAAUCAGCAGCGGCUCUAUCGAGAUUGGUUUGGCAGCAGGUGUAGAAAGCAUGUCUCGGACACCCGAUCUGGCGCCCGAGUUGGCGCCGGAGAUUCUAUCAGCAAGCCAAGAGGCGGGUGACUGUUUACAGCCUAUGGGCCAGACAAGCGAGAACGUGGGCAAAGACUUCAACGUGCCCCGAGAAGCGCAAGACCAAUUCGCGGCGAAGAGCUACCAGAAGGCAGAACACGCGCAGAAGUCCGGAUGGUUCGAUGAGGAGAUCGUCCCAAUCACUACCAAAGUCAAGGAUCCCAAGAGCGGCGAGGUUAAGCAGGUUACUGUUACCGCCGAUGAUGGUAUCCGCUACGGAACAACAUUUGAAUCCCUCUCCAAGAUUCGCCCUGCAUUCCCUAAGUGGGGCGAUAAAUCCACCGGUGGAAAUUCCUCGCAAGUGACUGAUGGUGGUGCAGCGGUGCUCCUCAUGAAGCGCAGCACAGCAGAGAAGUUGGGACAGCCCAUUCUUGCUAAAUUCUGUGGAAGCACUGUUGUUGGACUCGCACCCAGGAUCAUGGGUAUCGGACCAAGUCUUGCUAUCCCCAAGCUCCUUGGGAAGUUUGGAUUGACGAAAGAUGACAUUGACAUCUUUGAGAUCAAUGAGGCGUUUGCUAGUAUGGCGGUGUAUUGUCUGCGGGAGUUGGGCCUGGAGGAGGAGAAAGUUAACCCUCGGGGCGGAGCUAUUGCCCUCGGUCAUCCAUUGGGCGCUACAGGUGCCAGGCAGGCCGCUACUGGCCUGGCAGAGAUGAGGAGACAGAGGAAGAAGGUUCUUGUUACUAGCAUGUGCGUUGGGACCGGUCAGGGAAUGGCCGCGUUGUGGGUUAAUGAAGUUUUGUAAAUUACGGAUUGAUUUAGGCAAAUUAUGUGUUUGAAAGCGCUAUGAACGCUUACUCUGUUUA